CGCCUCCGUCCUCACUUCCUCUCAAGGAAGGGGAGAGUAAGGCUACGCCCUAGGCGACCCGCGGCCGGCCCCGCGUCACAGGAACUUCAGCACCCAGAGCGCGGACAGCGCUCUCCUCCACCUGAGGACCUGACUCGGGAGCGCCCGCCCGCCCCGAGCCUUUGGGAUCCCUGCACCCGGCAGCCGAGCCCAGAGCUCCAGCGGCCGCCGGGCGCCUGCCGCCCUCCCUCCCCUCACCCGCCCUCUUAGCUCUUCCUGUUUUUACUCCUCCUUUUCAUUCAUAACAAAAGCCACAGCUCCGGGAGCCCGGGAGCCCGGCGCCAGGCAGUUUCGGAAGCCAAGCGUGGAAGCAUGGGGUUCCUUUGGACCGGCACUUGGAUUCUGGUGUUGGUGCUCCAAAGCAGCCCAACUCAAGCUUUCCCCAAGCCGGGAGGCAGUCCAGGUACGCGGGCACUUGUCUUUCCACCUCCUUUGAUUUCGCCAAGAAAAGACAAACCCCUACAUAAUAGAGAAUUAAGUGCAGAAAGACCUUUGAAUGAACAGAUUGCUGAAGCAGAAGCAGACAAGAUUAAAAAAACAUACCCUCCAGAAAAUAAGCCAGGUGAAAGCAAUUAUUCCUUUGUUGAUAACUUGAACCUGCUAAAGGCAAUAACAGAAAAGGAAAAAAUUGAGAAAGAAAGACAAUCCAUUAGAAGCUCCCCAUAUGAUAAUAAAUUGAAUGUGGAAGAUGUUGAUUCAACCAAGAAUCGAAGACUGAUUGAUGAUUAUGAUUCUACUAAGAGUGGACUGAAUCAUAAAUUUCAAGAUGAUCCAGAUGGCCUUCAUCAACUAGAUGGAACUCCUUUAACUGCUGAAGACAUCGUCCAGAAAAUUGCUACCAGGAUUUAUGAGGAAAAUGACAGAGGAGUAUUUGACAAGAUUGUUUCUAAACUGCUGAAUCUUGGUCUAAUCACAGAAAGCCAGGCACACAUACUAGAAGAUGAAGUAGCAGAAGUUUUACAGAAAUUGAUCUCAAAGGAAGCCAACACUUACGAGGAGGAACCCAAUAAACCGACAAGUGUGACUGAGAGUCAGGCUGGAAAAAUACCAGAGAAAGUGACUCCAAUGGCAGCAAUUCAAGAUGGUUUUACUAAUGGACAAAAUGAUGAAACAGUCUCUAAUACCUUAACCUUGACAAAUGGCUUGGAAAGGAGAACUAAAAUCUACAAUGAAGAUAACUUUGAGGAACUCCAAUAUUUCCCAAACUUCUAUGCACUACUGAAAAGUAUUGAUUCAGAAAAAGAAGCAAAAGAGAAAGAAACACUGAUUACUAUCAUGAAAACAUUGAUUGACUUUGUGAAGAUGAUGGUAAAAUAUGGUACAAUAUCUCCAGAAGAAGGCGUUUCCUACCUUGAAAACUUGGAUGAAACUAUUGCUCUUCAGACUAAGAACAAGCUAGAAAAAAAUGUUACUGACAAUAAAAGCAAACUUUUCCCAGCACCGUCAGAAAAGAGUCAUGAAGAAACAGAUAGUACCAAAGAAGAAGCAGCUAAGAUGGAAAAGGAAUAUGGAACCUUGAAAGAUUCCACAAAAGAUGAUAACCCAAGAGGAAAGACAGAUGAGCCAAAAGGGAAAACCGAAGCCUAUUUGGAAGCCAUCAGAAAAAAUAUUGAAUGGUUGAAGAAACAUAACAAAAAAGGAAAUAAAGAAGAUUAUGACCUCUCAAAGAUGAGGGACUUCAUCAACCAACAAGCUGAUGCUUAUGUGGAGAAAGGCAUCCUUGAUAAAGAAGAAGCCAAUGCCAUCAAGCGUAUUUACAGCAGCCUGUAAAAAUGGCAAAAGAUCCAGGAGUCUUUAGACUGUUUCAGAAAACAUAGCUUAUAACACUUCUUCUAAUUUUGUGAUUGAAGUUAUUUUACCCAAGGAUUAUUAGAAAGUGAUGAAAUUGCAGUAGUUAACCUUUUAGAAGUGGUUAAACAUAGCUUUCUUGCCAUAAAAACUGUCUGAAAAGUAAAGUCGUAUGUAAGCUAAGAUUUUGUAUAUAGAAUCCUUAUUUCCUUAUAGAUUUACAUUUUAUAACCAGAGAUAUAUUGCUUUGGAAAACCUGUAAUGGACAGAACUUGAAACUGUCGCUUCUUCCCACUGUGUCACACCCAUAGGCACCUCCUCAGGAAUUAGGAGGUUCUGUUUUCAAGGCAUGCUGGGUACCAAAGCACCUCAUAGAAUAUGUCUGUUACAAGAUGUUUCCACUACCAGUUCCCUUUUGGGAGUUAAAAUAAAUUAACAUUUCCUCAAA